AUGUCUCUUGGCGAAUCCGCGACCGCGCCCUCGACUGACGACGUCCCAGGCAGUGCCGACAAGGUCGACAAAGGGCUUGGCCAAGGCCAUGCCCAAGACGAGGCGGCCACUCACUCAUCCUCAGCAGGUGGCUUGGCCAUGGGCAUGCUUGGCAUCGACCGCAAGAAAAUGGAAGAGGAGCGCUUGGCACGAUUGAAGAAGCGCAAAGCAGGGCCGACAAAUCUCAACAACCACGACAAGCGGGAACCAGAGCUGCCGCCGGCUCAACGUCCGAGGCUCACGAGUGGCAUGGGCAGCCUGCCUGGCCAUUCCACCGGAUCACCCGGCAAGGGAGUUUCCGAGGCAGGUCUCCCCUACCCGCUGGGCAUCGUACGGAGGACUUGGGCCCCGGGUAAUGUCCGUCGGGACGACAGCAUCACCAUCGGGGAGGUCUUGCAGAGGGACACUCUCGAGCUCGCUGUCCUCAGCUCCUUCCAGUGGGACGAGGAGUGGCUCUUGAGCAAGUUGAACCUCGGCAAGACCAAGGUGCUUCUGGUAGCUUAUGCUGCGGACGAAGAGACUAAAGCCUCGAUGCGAAACAAUGUGCCCCAAAAUGUGAUCAGGUUCUGCUUUCCACCGAUGGAACGUGGUUGUAUGCACUCCAAACUCAUGCUGCUGAAAUACCCGAAAUACCUCCGCAUAGUCGUCCCGACGGGCAAUCUAGUCCCAUACGAUUGGGGUGAGACGGGAGUGAUGGAGAAUACGGUGUUCCUCAUCGACCUGCCGCGGAUUAAUGACCCCGCCAGAGUUGCAGCCAAUGCACUCACCCAUUUCGGAGCGGAGCUGCAGUUUUUCUUGGAGCGUCAGGGUGUGGACGGAAAGAUGGUCAAUAGUCUGCGCAACUAUUGCUCGUCCAUCGGUGCCGUCAAAAACGAUCUCAUGGCUGCUUUAUACAACGCCUGCAAAGGCGACUCUGGCAUGAUGGAGUAUGAGGCCAGAACGGGAAAACAGAAGAAGAACAAGGGUGCACCUCCUGGGGCCAAUCAGGAAGAUUUCAAGGAGCAUAUGCGGGUGUAUUUUCCCUCUCGCGAUACCGUACGAACCAGUCGAGGCGGGAUGAACGCGUACGAAUUCGUCCUCGAGGGUUGCGCACGGUCCCUGCAGGAGAAGCCCUCGGAACAUCCUCCCGAGGUACACCUGCACCCUACCUAG